CAAUAUGGAGGAAAACGAUGAUGGGAAAGAGGAAAAAGUGGAUACAUGUGAUGCGGAUAUUAAAAUCAUGAAUGACGGAGAUAGGUUAGCUCGAGUUGCAGAAGUUUUAAUCGAAAAGCAGUAUGAUAAACUGAAGAUAGAUGCUAUAAUUUCAUCGGAAAGGGAAAUGACCCCCGAAUGUCAUGGAGUAGCAAGCGUUAAAGAUGAUGCAGUUCCUGAGAAAGAUUUAAAGAAGUCUCUUCAGUCUUUUGUUAGUAAGCCAUCUAGUGUAGAAGAUGUUAAUACAGAGCAGAAAAAAGAAAAGCAAACUAACAGUGUGUCUGUGUUUGAUUAUUUAUAUGGUGAGUUAAGAAGGGGCUAUUUACUAGAAAAUGAUGAACAGCGAUUUACUGAAAGACGUGAGAAGUUUUACAUAUUUUUGAAAAUUCCAAAGGAAAUUGAGAAGUUUAUUUGUUAUGGGUUUUUCCAAUGUGUGGAUGCAUUUUUAUUCCUUUUUACAUUUCUGCCUUUGCGUUCUGCUUUAUCAGUUUGGUUUCUGAUCACAAGGACCCUAAAAGUUGUGAUAAAUGCAUUCUUUGGAACUCGUCAUUGUUAUCGAAGUUUACAACCUGCUGAAAUAUGCGACCUUUUAAAAGUUGUAAUCUUAGGAUGUGUGAGUUUUGCCAUGAUGUAUGUUGACACAUCUAUGAUGUAUCAUAUUGUGAAGAGCCAGUCUGUGAUUAAAUUAUACAUAAUGUUUAAUAUGUUAGAGGUAGCAGACAAACUUUUUUCAUCUUUUGGUCAAGAUAUUUUGGAUGCUUUAUAUUGGACUGCAACAGAACCACGGGGAAGAAAGCGAGAACACUUUGGUUUGAUACCUCACCUUAGUAUAAGUCUUGUUUAUGUGUUUACUCAUUCAAUAAUUGUUCUUAUGCAAGCUACAACGUUAAAUGUUGCCAUCAAUUCUCAAAAUAAAGCAUUACUCACAAUUAUGCUUUCAAAUAAUUUUGUGGAAUUGAAGAGUAUGGUUUUCAAGAAAUUUGAAAAAAACAAUCUCUUCCAAAUGUCAUGUAGCGAUGUAAGAGAGAGAUUUCAUUACUUGAUUUUGUUAUUCAUUGUCAUCAUUCAGACUAUGAAGGAAUAUAACUGGAGUUAUGAUCAAUUUAUGGUACUAUUACCAUAUUGUAUUGGUGUAAUUCUUGCUGAAAUGUUUGUUGAUUGGAUGAAACAUGCCUUCAUUACUCGGUUUAAUGAAAUUACUUUUGAGGUAUACCGUGAUUACACUGUUAGUCUAGCAUAUGAUUUAGCAAGCUGUAAGUUGAAAAAUGCAUUUGCGGAUCAUUCUGACUUGAUAUCUCGAAGAAUGGGUUUCAUUCCUCUUCCACUUGGUGCUUUGGUCCUCAGAGUAGUUAUUGGAUCUAUACCAGUUGUUGGUUUUGGAGGAUAUCUUUGUUUCUUCCUUGUUUACUUGUGCUUAAUGAGUGCAAAAGUUUGCAUUAGUAUUGCCCUUUUGGGAAAAGCUUGUGAUGAAAUUGAAAUACAUCGAAAUGCUCAGAAAGAAAAAUUACCUCAACCUAGGCAAUGCAAUAGUUUGCCAUCUAGUCGACAUCACAGUUCUGAAGAUCUGACUAAAAUUGUCUCACAAACCAAAAGCAUGCCCCAAAGUCAAAGUGCUAGUGCCUCAUCUAGCAUUGCAGAUAUUGCUGCUAGAGCAGAAAUAUUACAAGAAACUUUAGAACCUAAUCCUUUAUUCUCAAACAGCACAGUUAGUCUAAAUAGCUUGGGAAUGAACGAUAAUAUAUUUGUUAAUGAACAAUUUUCUACUGACAAAUCUGAAAUAGAUGUUCCCAGAUGGAAAGCUUCUGCGACUUUUGGAGGUAUCCUUAGAACUAAUAAUGAAAUAGAACCUAUAAAAAGAAGAAUAUCUUUGCAAGAAAAAGUUGACUUUUCAGAAGAUUCGAAGUCGUGACAUGUUUUCCAGAGUGUUUAAUUUUUGAUUGCAUAUAAUUUUUGCAGUUAAUAUUUUUAAUGAAAUGUGGGGAAAUAUUUUAAUAAAGAAACAGGUAACAAAUAUUUUAUAUUAAUGAAAAUUCUCGAGUUAUAUUAAUAAUUGGUUUAACCAUCAUACAGAGCUUGAUAUUUCUUUUCCAAUAAAACAUUAUGUUCCUGAAAUUUUUCUUUUAGAGGAUUGUUUCCUUGUAAAUAAAUAAAUAAUAAAAUAUUUUGUAAAAGUA